CCAUUUUGACAGAGUAUUUUGAUGUAUGAUUUGGACGCGUGUUGGCCCCCAGAACAAUGCCGGAAUUUCUCCCCGCUCUUUCAAUCCUUGCCCAUGCGUUGUUGUGACUCAGACGAAUUCCUCCACGCAGCGUCCACUUUCGUUGUCCUCGGGUUCACACAUGCACGGUGCCCGCGGGUUCUGGACACCAGGAAGUGGUGUGGGGAGGGGCGAGGGCAAAGAAAGGCCCUGGAUGAAUAUUCAUCAAUGCAGAAGAGCGGUUCGGUGAUCCGUCAGUGUAGCCCGCAGCGUUGCAGGAGUGUGUGCCGUUGUAGGACGUCGCCAUUGUCGCGUACAUCACCCGCCAGAGAGGUCGGACUUCUUGUGGCCUGGUAGCAGCAGCCAACGCAGUUCCCUUCAAACUGGUGGCCACACAGGCAAGAUGACAAUGGCGAGCCUGUUCUCUUUUACCAGCCCAGCCGUGAAGCGUCUGUUGGGCUGGAAGCAGGGGGACGAGGAGGAGAAGUGGGCCGAGAAGGCCGUGGACUCGCUCGUCAAGAAGCUGAAGAAGAAAAAAGGUGCAAUGGAGGAACUGGAGAAGGCGCUGAGCUGCCCGGGGCAGCCCAGCAAGUGCGUGACCAUCCCGCGCUCCCUGGACGGGCGCUUGCAAGUCUCCCAUCGAAAAGGCCUUCCCCACGUGAUAUACUGUAGAGUGUGGCGAUGGCCGGACCUACAAAGCCACCACGAGCUGAAGCCACUAGAGCAUUGCAAUUAUCCAUUUGGGGCUAAGGACACCAAGGAAGUCUGUAUCAACCCGUACCACUACAAGAGGGUAGAGAGCCCAGUGCUACCACCCGUGUUAGUACCCCGCCACAGCGAAUUCGUCCCGUCGCAGACGCUCCUACCGUACCACAACGUUCCCGAGCCUCCCAUGCCCCACAAUGCCACGUUUCCACAGUCGUUCCAGAACAGUCCAGGGAUGCAGUCACCCCACUCGCCCGGGCUCCACUCGCCGGCCAGCUCCGGCCCCAGCAGUCCCUACAGUAUGCAGCCAGGUAACCAACCGGCAGACACGCCCCCGCCAGCGUACAUGCCGCCUGGCGAAGACCAGAACCGGAACAACGAGGAGCAGAUGGACACUUCCAGCCAGCUGUCCCCCGCCAGCAGUCUGGGCUCACCCGCCGUGCCCAACGUGCCCACCGCCGUCAGCGGGGACGUACAACCCGAUUCCGCCAGGCUGCAGUCUGAAGAUCUUCAACAACCAGGAGUUUGCUCAGCUGUUGUCCCAGUCGGUGAACCACGGGUUCGAGGCAGUCUACGAGCUGACCAAGAUGUGCACCAUCAGGAUGAGCUUUGUCAAGGGCUGGGGAGCGGAGUACCACCGCCAGGACGUGACCAGCACGCCCUGCUGGAUCGAGAUCCACCUGCACGGCCCCCUGCAGUGGCUGGACAGAGUCCUGACCCAGAUGGGCUCUCCGCACAACCCCAUCUCCUCCGUGUCAUGACACCGCCCCCCUCCCCACCACCCACCGCACAAUUUCUACGUAGUCCUGCCAGUCACGAUGCAAGCCUUCAGCCGCCGCGUCGGUCUGUGACACCCGCGUAAGACUCUACUCCACCCGAGGCAAUGUCCCACCCGGUAACAACGCAGAAAUGUUGAUCAGCAUCCCACCCGUCAAACCCCACAGGACAGAACAAACGCAGACAAACAUGCCGGCUGUGGCUUCGCCGUCGUGACUAACUACACUUACUUGAAGUGAUCAAAAUUGCACAAGUUCUGCAUAUAUAUAACGUUCAACAAUUCGCUGAAGAGCCUGAAUUGAGAAUUAGCGAGAAUUCCCCCCUUUCUUAUUGAUUCCACCGCUAUUUGAAAUUCUUAUACAGGCGCCGUGAAUGCAAACGAAUCUUGUCAAUAAAUGUAAUUGAAAUUUCAGCUGGCAGUAUAUGCCAUAAAUAUUGAGAACAAUUUUUGCAGGAGAGCUGAGAUACUUGUUGUUCACGUGCUUUGUUGAUGUCUUCCGGGAAACUAUAGUCUGUGCGAUACGUAAAACAAUGAGAAGAAAUUUUGUUGUAUUUAUGCAGCAGUUUGUGGUCGUGGGUGGUUUCGUGUAUACGAUCAGUAGUGCAGUCAGAGAAAAUGUGGUCGUCGACAUGUAAGGAACAAAAAAGUGGAAAUUUGUACUUUAGGGAAAUGUUGGCUGUUUCAAACAGGAGGGAAUCAUCAGCAAACCAAAUGUUAGACACACGACUAAAUAGAAUACAGUGAGGACGUUUUAGUUUAGUGGAAGGGAAGGCUGUUCUUGAGAUUGUCAGAAGGUUACAUUAUGUUCAGUGCUGCUCUUCUGUAAUAUGCAUUACCUCAUCCGCUCAGAGCAUAGCAGGAAAAGGAUUAUUGACCACAUAUACUUACUUCCAGCUUUUUUAUCCACAAUCUUUGUAUUUGUACUCUGUUACAUUGUUCAAGGUCACUUGUGUUUAAGUGUUACAAAAAGCAUUGAGAACAAAUGAGUAUUCUUAGUAUAGAGAUACACUUUGUGCAUAUUUCUCAGAGCCUUUCAUUACCUUAUGUGCUGGACAUUGUAAAUGUAAUUGAAGAUUGUUGCGCUGACUGUUUAGAAAACCAUUUUCAUGACCUGGCUUUUCUGUCAGCCUUCACUAAAGCUCGUACCUUUAUUUUCGCCCUUCUCGUAGCCAAAUGUCUAGGAAUAGAAGGUAGGAGCUAGCUUUGAUGAAAUGAGGACUCUGUUCUUGUAACUGUUAGAGGAAUAGUUAGAUGAUGAGAUACCGCCGAAUUAUGUAAGGAUUCCUUUUGUUUGGUUCCGACCACAAAACGGAGUGAGGAAAUUUGAUAGAAUGUCGAUAUGGAUUUAAACAAUGUUCUCCAGAAUGAUUUUGUUGUUACAAGUAUUGUCCAAAUGCAUUUUCUGUUGUAUUCCGCUAAUGAUUUGAGCUGUAACAGCCCUGAAUCUUCCGACGUAGACAGCAAAAUGCAUGUUUAUUUUGUCUCUGGAUCUCCGAACCACUACGCAAGAGCUUUACACGUUUUUUGGUCAACGUUACUCUCUUCAAGCAAGCAUCCAUACUUUUCAAGAAUGCAGUUUGUGACAUAAGAUUCCAGAGGAACACAAUGAUGAAUUAUUUGACAAAUGGAAGAACAGAAAGGAAAAAUCCUUGUGAUGCGUUAGGAUACGAGCUCCUCUGUCAGACCUCUAGCAGCAAAGUAGACUUAGUGGAACAUGUAUGUAUGCAUCUUGUCAUGGUUGUUAUCAUGUAUAGAUUAAAAACAAAUACUGCACAGGAGCCAUAAA